CCGUUACCAAGUGUCGUCGACGGUGGACCACGCAUCUCCGAUUCGCUCCGCCGCUGCCUUUAUCCCUUCGCAUGCAUUUCGGACCCUCCGCGCCACACACACACAACUAGAACCUACUAUCUCCCGCGCGCGGGCGCCACCGCCACCGCCACCCUCCUCCUCCUCCUCCUCCCGGCUCUCGCCCUCCGUCUCGCCCGGCGGACCCCGCCGAGCGCAUCCGCCGCCAUGGCCUCCGACGCGAGGCUCUCCUUACCGUGCCGCCUGCCCUCGCUCCUCCCUCCGCCGGUGCUGCUGCGCCGGUUGCCCCGCGCCGCCGCCGCCGCGGCGGCGUCAACCUCCCCGCGGUGCCGCGUCGCCAGUACGGCGGCGGCGGCGCCUGCCCGCGCCCGCGGCCGGUUCCGGCCUCGCGCCUCCGAGGUUGAAGGGCAGGGCCCGGUGCAGCAGCAGCAGCAGGUGGAAGAUGAGGUGGUGGACAGCAACGUGCUCCAGUACUGCAGCAUCGACCGCAAGAAGAAGAAGACCAUCGGGGAGAUGGAGCAGGAGUUUCUCCAGGCGCUGCAGGCCUUCUAUUACGACCAGAAGGCGAUCAUGUCCAACGAGGAGUUCGAUAACCUCAAGGAGGAGCUCAUGUGGGAAGGAAGCAGCGUUGUGAUGUUAAGCGCAGAUGAGCAAAAGCUUUUGGAAGCCUCCAUGGCAUAUGUCUCUGGCAACCCCAUCAUGACGGAUCAAGAAUUCGAUGAACUAAAGCUGAGACUUAAGAAAGAAGGAAGUGACAUUGUAACGGAAGGUCCAAGAUGCAGUCUACGGAGUCGAAAGGUCUACAGUGACUUGACUGUUGACUACUUCAAGAUGUUGCUGCUAUAUGUUCCAGCAGCUGUGGUAGCUCUGACACUAUUCUUCUUCUUGGAUGAUUUGACGGGAUUUGAAAUCACACUUCUUCUUGAGUUGCCAGAGCCUUUCAGUUUCAUCUUCACAUGGUUUGCUGCACUGCCUUUAAUAUUUUGGGUAGCACAGGCAUUCACCAAUGUCAUAGUGAAAGACUUUCUGAUUUUGAAGGGCCCAUGUCCAAACUGUGGGACUGAAAAUCUUUCCUUCUUCGGGACCAUUUUAUCAGUGUCUAGCGGUGGUUCAACAAACAGUGUGAAAUGUGCAAGUUGUGGCACUGUCUUGGAGUAUGACUCUGCAUCCCGAUUGAUUACACUCCCAGAACCGGCUGAGGCAUAAGUAAUUAAUGGUGGUUUAGAUUUCGCUAGCAGGAAAGACGGCCCACAGAUUCCUGAUCGACAGUACAAAGCAAGACCGUCCUUGAAUCGGGUGACAAUCAUGUCGUGAUGUAUGUUUGCUAUGCGAGUCUAUGUAUAUCUUUAAACAAGUUUAGACAUCUAUAUUAUAUAGAUUUAACGAAAUCGAUAUAUGUAUAUAUAUGUGCAUAGAGUGUACAAAGAAAAGUCUUUAGCUAUGUUCCAUUUUGUAUGAACUAUCUUGGCAUAUGUAUAGCUGUCUGAAGAACUUGACGUUC